GUUUUAGUAAACCGGAACAUGGGAAAUACUUGAACCGGGUAGACUUAACUUUGGGCCUAAUUGUGGGCCUAAAUUGGACAACGAAGAAAUAAGAAGAGAGGCGUCGAAUGUUUUUUGUGACAGAACCGCCAUGGCUACAGCUUCAAGGUUUCUACGGAAAUUGCCGAGGUUUCUCAAGCUUUCUCCAACUCUUCUCCGUAGCAAUGGCGUAAGAUUUUCUAGCAAUUUGAUUCAGGGUUCCAUAGAACCGUUGGAUUCCUUCUGGCGAAUAGGAUCUCGAAUCAGCCAUGAUUCUUUUACUACCAGAAGCUUCUCUUCUCAAGGUCCUGCUUCUGUCGAUUACAGUUCGGUUUUGCAGGAGGAUGAGUUUCACAAAUUAGCCAACUUCACAAUAAAUCACCUUCUUGAGAAAAUGGAGGAUUAUGGUGAUAAUGUUCAGAUUGAUGGUUUCGACAUAGAUUAUGGGAAUGAAGUUCUCACCCUUAAGCUUGGAUCUUUAGGCACUUAUGUACUGAAUAAGCAAACUCCAAAUCGACAAAUCUGGAUGUCUUCACCUGUGAGUGGCCCUUCUAGAUUCGACUGGGACCGUGAUGCUAAUGCAUGGAUUUACCGGCGAACCGAAGCAAAGUUGCAUAAACUCCUGGAAGAGGAGUUAGAGAAUCUAUGUGUUCAAGACUCCAAAAUAUUGUUCAAAGGUUCAACAUUGAUCAAUGACAGCAACGGAGACACUCUUGUUUCAGCUGGUCAGAGAUUUGAGCUGGGCUUCUUCACUCCAAAUGGAAGCUCUGAUGAAAGAAGGUACUUAGGGAUUUGGUUUUACGACUUACAUCCACUUACUGUUGUCUGGGUUGCAAAUCGUGAAUCUCCGGUUCUUGACCGUUCCGGCAUUUUCACCAUCUCUAAAGAUGGCAAUCUUGAAGUUAUUGAUUCUAAGGGAAAAGUGUACUGGGACACCGAUGUUGAACCUUCCUUAGUCUUUGCGCAGAGAACGGUAAAGCUGAUGGAUAAUGGUAAUCUUGUGUUGAUGAGUGAUGGAAAUGAAGCAAAUGUGGUUUGGCAAAGUUUUCAGAAUCCUACUGAUACAUUUCUCCCAGGGAUGAGGAUGGAUGAGAAUAUGACUUUAUCAUCAUGGAGAAGCUUCAGCGAUCCAUCACCUGGAAAUUUCACCUUUCAGAUAGAUCAAGAAGAAGACAAACAGUUUAUCAUUUGGAAAAGAUCAAUGAGAUACUGGAAAUCUGGAAUUUCUGGUAAAUUCAUCGGAUCCGACGAGAUGCCUUAUGCGAUUUCUUACUUUCUUUCCAAUUUCACAGAGACGGUAACUGUCCACAAUGCCUCUGUGCCUCCUCUCUUCACAUCUUUGUAUACCAAUACAAGGUUCACCAUGAGCUCCUCUGGUCAAGCUCAGUACUUCAGGUUAGAUGGAGAAAGAUUCUGGGCACAGAUUUGGGCUGAACCUAGAGAUGAAUGUAGUGUCUACAAUGCUUGUGGGAAUUUUGGUAGCUGUAACAGCAAGAAUGAAGAGAUGUGUAAGUGUUUGCCUGGUUUUAGGCCUAAUUUCCUGGAGAAAUGGGUCAAGGGAGAUUUUUCUGGUGGAUGUUCCAGGGAGUCAAGGAUCUGUGGUAAAGACGGUGUUGUGGUGGGAGACAUGUUCUUGAAUCUGACUGUGGUUGAAGUAGGAAGUCCGGAUUCACAGUUUGAUGCACAUAAUGAAAAAGAAUGCAGAGCAGAGUGUUUGAAUAAUUGCCAAUGCCAAGCUUACUCAUAUGAAGAAGUUGAUACACUUCAAAGCAAUACGAAGUGCUGGAUUUGGUUGGAGGAUCUCAAUAAUCUCAAGGAAGGUUAUUUAGGUAGCCGCAAUGUAUUCAUUCGCGUAGCAGUUCCCGAUAUAGAGUCGACCAGUAGAGAUUGUGCGACAUGCGGCACAAAUGUUAUUCCUUAUCCUUUGAGCACGGCUCCUGGAUGUGGCGACAGUAAUUACCUUAAUUUCAACUGCAAUAUGUCGACUGGUCAAGUCAUUUUCAAAGAAUUUAACAGCUCAUACAAUGUUACAAGUAUUAAUCCGGAUACUCACAGAUUCUUGAUCAAAAUAAAAGAUGUUAUAGUAAACUGCACAACUCUAAAUCAGAUGAGCAGAAUUUCAGAGUUAAAGCUAUCUUCGCCUUUUUAUCUCACGGGGAAGUGCAAUGCAGAUAUGGUUACUGGUGGAACUGAAGUGGAGAUUCGUUGGGAUCCUCCUCUUGAGCCAACUUGCUCUUUAUCUGCAGACUGUAAAGACUGGCCUAAUUCAUCCUGCAGGAAAUCUGGAGACCAGAAGAGGCAGUGCGUCUGCAAUCAUAAUUUUAAGUGGGAUGGAUUCAAUCUGAACUGCACUCAAGAACGAGCUCGUGGAAGAUACGGGGAAGCUAAAACACCGGUGGUUUUGAUCAUUGUGGUGACUUUUACAAGUGCAGCCAUUCUGGUUGUUCUGUCAAGCACUGCUUCUUAUGUGUAUUUGCAAAGAAGAAAAGUAAACAAGGAACUAGGAAGCAUACCAAGAGGAGUUCAUUUAUGUGACAGUGAGAGACAUAUUAAAGAUUUGAUUGAAUCGGGAAGGUUUAAACAAGAUGAUAGUCAAGGCAUAGAUGUUCCAUCUUUUGAGCUCGAGACCAUCCUAUAUGCAACAUCCAACUUCUCAAAUGCAAACAAGCUAGGCCAAGGAGGGUUUGGACCGGUUUAUAAGGGAAUGUUUCCUGGAGAUCAAGAGAUUGCUGUGAAGAGCGGGAAGCGUAACACCGGGUUUUAUGAACCUGAGAAAUCUUUAAGCCUUCUAGGCUAUGCGUGGGAUCUCUGGAAAGCGGAAAGAGGGAUUGAGUUAUUGGAUCAGGCUUUAAAAGAAUCGUGCGAAACCGAAGAAUUUUUGAAGUGCUUGAACGUAGGACUGCUUUGUAUUCAAGAAGAUCCUAAUGAUCGUCCUACAAUGUCAAAUGUUGUUUUCAUGCUCGGAAGCAGCGAAGCUGCUACUCUUCCUACUCCAAGACAACCGGCUUUUGUCCUUAGACGUUGCGCUUCAUCAAGCAAAGCUUCUUCAUCCACCAAGCCAGAAACAUGCUCUGAAAAUGAGCUUACCAUAACUCUUGAAGAUGGAAGAUAAUAAUAGCUCUGAACAUUCAUUUGAGCCAUUAGCUAGCUUUUUGUAUUUAUUCUCAAUAAGCAUAAGAUUUCAAU